ACUUCCACCAAAGAAAACUGAUCGAAAAAUACUUUUUUUUUCUCAUGCAUACCAACCAGCAACCCACCUUUCCAACUUGAUUCCUCGAUGGGAGUUUAGUCGGUAUGUGGUCGUUGAGCGGUUGAGGUGUGAUUCGUAGAUCUGCGUCGGGCUUCCAUGAGUCUUACCGUUUUGUGUUGCAGUGAGCGUGAAGUGGAUUCUGAACUGGCAGAAGGUGAUCAGGCCGAGAGAAGAUGAUCUUUUGAUAGCUAAUUAGCAUUCAUUCGAUCGAAGGUGUUUUGUGGAUUCUUAUUGGGAUAUUCGUACGAUUGCGUAACCUGUGUUUAUUUAUGCUGAUUCAGGCGGUUUAAUUGGAUUGAAGUGGAUCGGAUUGUUUUUACGACAAGGAAGUGAUUUGCGUGCAUGGAAAAUUUAAGAAACAGGAAAAUACUUCUGUCUGUCCUUCUGGUGGCCGUUACAGGUGAUAUAGUGGGGCAAUUACUGUUAUAAAGAAUUACGGUUCAUAGGCAAGGUAAUUUGUGCAGAGCAGUGAUCGUCGCCAAUUUGCCUUUUCUUGGAUAGAGAUAUUGUGCAAGGGAAGAUCUGAAGAAUAGAUCGAAGCAACGGCGAAGAGCAAGAAGACGGAGAAUAGAAGAAAAACGUUGUGCAGCCAGAGUGGAGUGUUCAAACAAAAUUGUCAGAGCGGAUUAUUUUACAAACACCAACUUCAGAAACAGAGUGGCAGUGCGAAGGAUUUUCUCAACCAGUUGGAAUUUCUGCUAAUCUCGCUGUUGUAGUAUUGCAUGCACAUUGCUGCUGGACAACGGUGGAACUGUAAAGCUGUAAAGGUGGUCCCAAAAGGUAUUGAUGAUAUAUGCAUCAAGGAGGACGUAAAAUCGCCUUCGAUGAUCUCAAUGCAACACAGCACUUCAUACGAACGAUGGUGAAUUAGAUCAUGACAUGAACAUCGGCAUGCUUCGAUUCGAGUGACCACCGGUGAGCUAGAUUCAUCUCGCAGUAGGCUUUUGUUUUGGUCUAUGACUUCGCACCAACAGCUAUGGCACUGCGAUUGCGCAAGGAUGUUCAGAAGGCAUCCUACUAUGUGUGGUUCCUCGGAGCACAGGAAGCGAAAGGGCUAAGAGGAUCCCGAAUCCUUCUUCCGGUUAUUCCACGGCUAAUCGAAAAAUCCAAAGAGCACGAACCGUUGAAAGUUACGCUACAAGUGUCGCACAAAGGGCUGAAAAUCAUCCAAGGUUCGGCCAAACACUUCAUCCCGCACGGUGCUAUAACAAGUUCUGUACAGACGGAGGACAUCGUGGCGUGCAUACUGCUGUUAUACAAUCCGGCCACGAAAUGUCCCCUGCACGUGCACGCCUACCGAUGUGACUCGGAAAUGACCGCUCAGGCCCUCAACGAACAACUGCAGAUACUGAUCAAUCGACCCGAAAACCAGAAGAGAUUCGCUGAGCUAGAAACUAGACUGGGCUUACCAGCGCAAUUAACAGCAUCAGUUGUGAGUGCGGGUCCGGAAAGAAAGCCGCAUCACCAGCCGCAGCAUCCAGCGCAGAUGUCGAGAAGAUUUGAUUCGCCGCGCCGGUUUGACUCAUCGCACGGAAGUGACACCGGGACAAGUACCAGGGAAUCGGAAUGCAGCGAGGAGCAACAGCACUCGCCAACUUCGCCGAUAUCGCCCAUAUCGAGCCAAUCCAAGCUUUACGACUCGUUGGCCGCCGAACUGCGGGAAAAGCUGAGCGGAGGGGUUCCCUUGCUACUGCCGACACGGGAUUGCGAUAAAGCCAACAGCAACGACUCACGGAGAUGUCGCAAUCCGUGCAUUGUUGGUUCCCUUCCAUCAGUGGGUAACAAGAAUGGAGUAUCGUCGCGGGGAUCUUCCGGAAUCGGAUCGGACUUGGCUCCCAGUCCGGAACGUCAAGAUGCACACAGCUCCAGUGAAGAGGAAUGGGUUAACGACCAGGAGGCUCGAUUUGGAGUUCCCACGCAUCAAGCUUCAGCCAGGACUAAGGAACGUUAUGUCGAAGAGCACGUGCCCCACGUGAGCAAAUAUCGGGAGGCUCCAACGUCCUAUCUGUACCCAAAUGUACGACAGGAGCCUCAUACACGGUUCCAACGAUCAUCAAGUCGGGAAGAAGAUCAAAGCUUGCGUGGUUCAGUCAAUUCUCGCGAGGAAGAAGUCAAACCGAUCAUAACUAAACAAACUCCUCUUCAAAACCGAUUCCGAGAAGCUUUCGGUAACGAAGAUUUUAUGCUGGAGGAUCGCAAGAAGAAGAUUACUAUUGAUGAUAAACGUUAUGAUCAAGAGGAAGAUCGCAGAAGAUCAAGACGGCAUGAGGUUGAUAGAGGAGAGAAUUAUAUGUACAAGAAGUCAAACGGAAAUGGCAAAUAUUAUGACGGGUAUGAAAACGAUAAAGCACGAUAUCGAGAAAACUUGACCGAUCGCCAAAAGUUUCAUGAGAUUAUUUCUGAGUCGACAAAAUAUAGAGAUGAGUCACCUAAACAUAGAGUAAUGCGAGAUGAUUAUAGAGAAUACUCACCAGAAAGAGUUCCAAGAAACAAAUUCUCACCUUCUUACGAUGAUCAACGAGAUUUCAAAAUUGAACGUGACUAUCGAGAUCAAAUAAAAACAUCUUCCAAAAGAGAUCCACCAUACAUGCGUGAUGAAAGCCCUGAUGAUCGUUAUAGAACUGGUUACAACGAUCGUAGAGUAUAUAAAGAAGCCGAUCCAAUUGUCUAUAGGGAAACAAAUGAUAAAAAUGUCAAAAUUCCAUUGACGCGUUUCAAAUCAUCGGAAGAACCCAAACACAGCCGCGAUCGAUACGAUGAUCGCUGGGAACGGCAGCCCAUGUAUCCUGAAGAUCGUGGUUCAGAAGAUAAAUAUAGAGAUGCAUCUGGUCGCUAUCGAGAUGAUAUUAAGAAAUCCCCGGUCAUGAAGAAGAUAGAAGCUCGUGCAAAAAUGGUUGAAAUUAAAACCAGCUCGCCAGAGUCCACAAUCCGUAAGGUUUCACCCAAGGACAGAUUCCAAAACGCUAAGGAAAAGUUUCAACAGAUGGAACGUGAGCGUCAUGAAGAGGAACGCAUUGAAAGGGAACGUCAGGAACGAGAGCAAAUGCUGCAUAAUAAACGAGCUGCUGAAGCGCCUAGAAGAAGUUCUCUCGAGCCAGUUGUCGUAAGUUCACAUGAAAGCAACGGUUGGAGCACCGAGGAGGAAGAAGAGCGAGAAAUACGACCAAGAGGACCUCCGCGUUCAUCCAACAGUGGCGGUUAUCGUGAGUUGGAAACAACUGAGCGUUACCCAGGACUUGACCGUGAACCUCCAAUGCCUUCCUCUCGAAUGAUGCCAGCCAAGAGCCUCGGUAAUUUGGCUAAAGGUUAUCGCCAUAGUUACGCCGAGCCACGCCCUCCGCCGGUUUCGAGAAGCAGUGGCCGCGUUGGCCUAGCCGCUGUCAACCCGUAUUGAUGAAGUUAUGAAACUGAUUGUGUAUGUAGGUAAUGCGUUUUCUCUUUUGUUUCAUGCAAUUAUAAUGUGUAUAUAUUCGGAAUUAAAUUCGCGCGAGUUUUGGUUUAGCUCAUGAAUUGAAUCUCUGGUUGAACCAUGAAACAAUAGUCUAUAUUUAGUAAAUGCUCACAUAGUAUAUACGCAAUACAUGUUUUGAAGUGCCUUAUAGUAAUAAUCUGCAUGGAGUGAAUGAAAAUUGUCUAAACACCAUUGUUAAACUAAUAAUCAAAUCAAGAGGAAAUAAAUGAUUGGAAGUCCAAAAA